AUGGUAAAUCAUUGAGACAUAAUUAGUUUUUCCAAUACCUUUUUCUUUUUGUUCCAGAAACAAUAUGGGAGGGAGCGAUGAAUGGGACAAUCAAAUGAUGGAUUCCUUGAAAAAUUUUGACCUUAGCAGUCCACAGGUCAAGCAACAGUUUGACCAAAUUGGGCUUACACCUGAGGAAGUCAUUUCAAAAAUUAUGGCGAACCCUGAAGUUGCCAUGGCAUUUCAAAAUCCGAGAGUGCAAGCUGCUAUCAUGGAUUGUUCACAGAAUCCUCUGAGUAUAGCAAAAUAUCAAAAUGACAAGGAGGUUAUGGAUGUUUUCAACAAAAUCUCAGAACUCUUCCCUGGGGUGACAGGUUUACCUUGACUCCCCAGAUUCCGAGAUCCAAGUGUACCUAUCUUACUUCUGCAUGACCAUGUGCCAAGGUGGACGUCUUUCAUGACGCCAGUUGUUAAAAGUUGGGAUCUCUUACCAGUCCUGAGUGAUGUGAUGAAGGUGACAUCUUCAUUGCCCCUUCCUUGGUUUUGAAAAUGUAUUUUUGUCUACUGAGUCCCUGGUGCAUUUCAAAUGCUUUUCUUGCUAGCAGUGCUGAAUGUGUGCUCUGUAUCCUCUUUUCUAAUUAAACAGAUGUGUCCAUCCUAUUUAGGCUGUAAAAAUUAUAGAGAUGUAGUAACUACUUCGCUCUAUAUGCAUCUUGUCUGUGAUGGUACUCAGCAUAAUUUGUUCGAAUUUAUGUUUUAGUUCAAGAAA